AUGCGAUGCAAUAAAUUAAGGCCAGAAAGUGGUGUAGUGGUCUAUCGAGUGGAACCAGAAACAUCUCCUUUCGACGUAACUCCACUAUCUGGCGAUGUUUUUAGUCGUUAUAAUAUUCUCAAUGGAAGAUAUCACUUUGAUAUAGUAGCUACAGAUUCUUUUGGUCAGGAAGCAAGAACGAGCGCAAAAGUCAUAGUCGAAGGCGAUGUAGACCAACGUUAUUUGAAAAAAUUCACUUCUGAAUUUUUUUCGGAUCAUUGCGAUGAAAAGAUUGAAAAUCUCGACAGAAUUAGAAGAGAUAUGCCUAACGAUAUUAUCUUCUCGUUACGUGAGGAUCAACCACUUGGAUGGCUUAAUAAGCGAAUAAUUCUUUUGCCCCAUGAAAAAAUUGCAAAUGCACCUGUUGAAAAGGAAUAUGUAACAAUUUAUUCGAAUGGAUCACUAAUGUUGAUUAAACAGUUAAACUAUGAAAUUGAGAGGAAAAUUAAAUUCGCCGUUCACAUUGAGAAUCCACUGAGAAGUAAGCAUCAUCAUUAA